UGAACGCAUCACAGUCGUUAGAUCCGUCCCCCCGUUGCUAACCCUUUACCUCCAACACACUGGUUAAGUAGAGGGAAAUACUUUGGUCUGUUAGUACUUUUCUAACAAUAAUAAAGAAAUGUUGGGGAGUAUCUGGCACUAUGUCUACACGUCCUUCCUGAGGUACUGGCUGAAGUGGCUCGUCCGGCAGGCCACAGGGACCUGCGAGCUGCAGAGGAUCUGCUCCGGGUGCAAGCCAGGAGCCACAAGGACAGCAAGAGCCGAAUACUCUCUGCAGUCCUCUAAAAAUAAAGUUUUGCGAGGAGCUUUGGAGAACAGUAAGGACAGUUUAGAGAAAUGUGUGGAUCAGAUUAUGAAAGAGAAGAAUAUUAAACCCCAGAAAGACCCCCUGUUCAAGGGGAGCCUGCACGUCUGCCUGCUGCAGAUAACAGGAUACAGCAGCUUGUAUUCAUCUGUAGAAGAUUUAAGAAAGGAAGUCUUCAGCUCAGACAACCCAGAACACGAGGCCAUGCUUUUAAAGCUUUGGGACUUGUUGAUGCCAACAGUGGAGCUGGAGUCCAGAGUAACGAAGCAGUGGGGGGACAUCGGCUUCCAAGGAGAUGAUCCGAAGACAGAUUUCAGAGGAAUGGGCCUGCUAGGCCUCAUCAACCUUGUUUUUUUCAGUGAAAACUACUCAGCAGAAGCUCGCCAGGUGCUGUCUCACGCAAACCACCCUAAACUGGGAUAUUCCUACGCUAUAGUUGGCAUCAACCUGACCGAGAUGGCCUACAGCCUCCUGAAGAGCGGAGCUCUGAAACCCCAUUUCUACAAUUCAGUCCAAGGCGCACCUAAGCUCAGAGACUUCCACCAGUUAUACUGUUAUCUCGCGUACGAGUUCGACCGAUUCUGGGUGGCCGAGGAGCCGGAGAGCAUCAUGCACUUCAAUCAGUACCGAGAAAGAUUUCACAGCCUGGUGAGGGCCCGUCUGCAGGAGCCAGACGUGUCUCUCGCGCUGACCGUAGCCUCCCGUUGACGCGUUUGGACGCGUUUUACACCAAUCUCCUCGUUUACGUCCCGAUGUUCGAUGUGCUUGAAGGACACAGGGUUAUUGAAGAAGACGACCAACGACAAGCAAAACUAAGCAGUCAACCUUUUUUUUCCCCGUUUCUUCAGCUGAUACCCUAGCGGUGCUCAGUGUGUCUCGGCACCGUGACUAAUAAUGUUUUUCACGUAUUAUAGCACAAAUCUAAAAGCCCGUACCUCAACAACAACAGAAAGAAACCAUUCCAGAGAGAGUUUUGUUAAAAAAACGAGAGCUGCUGCAGAAGACUCAGGUAGAGAAGAUGAUUCAUGAGGCUUUAAGCACUUUUGGUGAUCAGUAAAAAUCGAACUACCUUGUUUCCUUGUCUUUAAAGUCGGCGUGCUCUCACCGUUUAUCCUCAGGUUAUUCACGUUUAUCUUCAGAGUCGUUGUGCAUGGCUUAAUAUCUCCCGACUCGUCGUUAAUGUUAUAAAUGCGACGCUCGUGCCCCGUUUUCAUGCAUUUUUGUUUUUAUUUUAUUUUCCAAGACUGAAUUUUUAUUGCUCCUUUUAAUUUUAUUCUUCAAAAUGCAUUCGGAGAAGAUUUGCAGUUCUGCCUGAAGUCAAUAAAUUUGGCAUUUGAAUUGAAAA